CGGCUUUAGGUUCUUCCAUGCCCAAAAAACGCGUAGCCCAUUUCUCUCUCUCUCUCUCUCUCUCUUUUGUUUAGCAAUUUGCAUUAGUGGAAAGGAAAAAAGGAAAACAACGAAUGGGUGCUCUUGACACUCUUUCCGACUAUAUUUCUGAUCUAAUAACUGUUCGUACCAGAAGGAAGAAGCAUAAAGUAAUGCAGACUGUUGAGAUCAAGGUUAAGAUGGACUGCGAUGGCUGUGAAAGGAGAGUCAAAAACGCUGUGUCCUCCAUGAAAGGUGCGAAAUCAGUUGACGUGAACAGAAAGCAAAGCCGAGUGAGCGUGACCGGAUAUGUUGAGCCAAACAAGGUGUUAAAGAAGGUGAAGAGCACAGGAAAGAGAGCUGAGUUUUGGCCCUAUGUCCCUUACAACUUGGUGGCAUACCCUUAUGUUGCUCAAGCUUAUGACAAGAAGGCACCAUCAGGCUAUGUUAAAAACGCAGUGCAAGCUUUGCCUAGUCCAAAUGCUGUAGAUGAGAAGUUUGUUACUCUCUUUAGUGACGAAAACCCAAAUGCAUGUUCGAUCAUGUAGGCAAUUUUGAUGGAAUUUAAUCUAAAAGCUAAAGCUGUGUAUGCUUGGAAGGGACACAAUUUUCACUGUACCAACGCUUAGUUGGCUGUUUAAUUAGGACAUGUUACUUAGUUUUCUUCUUGUGACAAGACGACAGGUUGAGUUUAGGUGCUUUGAGUUUUUGUGAAGGGAAUUUUCAUUUGAAUGCUUUUAAGUUUUUCAUGUAGUCGACUGAUGAUAUAUCUAUAUGUAGCAUGUAUAUAUAGCACGUAUUUUUAUUCUCGAGCUCAAAGUUCAAGUUAUCUUUAAUUUUUUAUAUAUUGAUCACCGGAAAUUAGACGUGUUUGUUUUCCCUAUAGGCAAGUACUGUAAGUAUACCGAAUGGAUUAAUUAAUUCCCAGUUCAAGAAAAAAAAAAGGUUAAAGGUCAAAUGGAUCAGUGAUCUCAAUGAAAAUGAAGAAAUCAUAGAACUUAAUUUUAAUUUCAAAGUUUCAUGGUAUGUGAGUUUAAUUUAAAUUGAUAGUUGAUUU